AUGCUCCAGGCAUCUCUGGAAAAGGACGCCGUGCAUGUGCUUCGGUGGCUGGGCGUGCCCGAUCCUGAGCAGGUGGUGGCCGCGUACGCCAACACCGCGUCCCAACUUGACAUGGCGUGGAUUCAGAGUGUGUUCGGCAGCGUGCUCAGUGCUUGCCCGGUACACUACUUCACCCAGAACUUGGCCCGCAAUGGGGCAAAUGCCGUCUACGCCUACAUCAUCAACCACACGCUCUUCUACGAACGAUGGGUCGCCGAGCACGACCAUGACGAGGACGAGCCCGAAGCACGUUUCGAAGAUCUGGGGUACAUUUUCGGGCUUCCGCUGAAGAGCCAGUACUCGGCACCAAAGGAGGAGGAGGCCUACAGUCGCAGCCUUAUUGAAAUCUGGGCGAAUUUCUCCAAAUCCGGGCAGCUGUACACGAUUCAAGGACAAGCAUGGCCAACGUUCCAUCUUGAGAACCAGACCACCGUCGAGCUGGCAUGGCCUGAGCCCGUCGUGUCUCAAGAUGCUUGGAGAGCAGAGUGCGAAUCACUUCGAAAGCACCUCGUAUGAGAUGCUUGGACUAUGCCUGGACGAGCUUAUCUUUUAAUUAGCACUGUGGAUCUGCGACCAGUACGCGGACUUGAUUAGAGCACAGACUAUAACCGCGGCUAAGAUCACCGCGGAACCACUGAGCUGUGCUUAUAUGAGCUAUUUUAUUGUGUCGUAUCCGUAUGCUACUGCAUGUUAUAUUAUUUACUGCACUACCAGUGUACUGCACAUCAUUUUAUAGUAUUGUAUAGCACUGUAUAGCAUUUUUUUUCUGUUGCAUAGUAUUCAUACUCAGCUCUGUUGUGCUUCACUGGUCGCUUGAACUACCUGAGCAUGUCGUUUGCGACUGACUAG